AUGGGGCAGAGUGUACCGUGUCAGCCGUUAGCUACCUCUUGGGCUAGGCCUUGUUCAGGGAUGGUAAAAAUAAAUUGUGAUGCUCACUUAGGUGUUACGACAGGGUUGGGGGUGGUGAUUAGAGACGAAGAAGGGAUGAUUUUGGUAGCUGCUAUGUGUAAAGAGUACGCUGGCUGGGCCCCUGAAGUUGCUGAAGCUGCGGCAUGCAGGUACGGGCUUCAACUGGCUGCUAGAUUGGGUUAUACCUCGGUCAUUUUGGAGAGUGAUGCCGCAAAGGUUGUGAAUGGGGUUAAGAAGAUGGCUGGCAAUCUUACUCCUUUCUCUGUACUUGUUGAUGAUAUUUGUGCUCUUUCUCAUUGUUUUGUUGCUUUCUCGAUUUCACAUGUAAAGCGUGCGGGUAAUACUCUAGCCUACAAUGUGGCUAGGUGGGACUCUAGUGGUUGUAUUGAACGUGUUUGCCUAGGUCCUUUUCCCCAAAGUCUCUUAAGUUCGGCGGAAAUUGAUCUCUAUUAA